AUGGGAGCAAUGGAGCGGCGACUGGCGAGGCUUGGCCAGAGCAAGCUACCUCAGGCGGUCAUGAUCCACGAGGAUGAGGAUGAGGAUGAGGACGACGAGGCGAGCAACGGGAGCUUUGAGGCGGUGGAGCGGAUGACCAAGGUCUGGUGCCCGAGUCCGGGCAAAGGGCUGUCCGCAGCAGUGGCAAGCAUGAAAGGCUCGGGUACUGUGACUGUGGCUCGGGAAGUGGCGACGGCGCCGGCUCCGGCGACCGACUCGGGCGAGUCGGGUGAGUCUGUGGAGAUGGCGGUGGCCGGGAGCGGGCUCCCGUACGGAUCGCCGCCGGAGCACACGGCGUUUGCGCGAGCAUCCCGUCCUCUCAAACGGUCUGCGUCGCUGCCGAUGGCCCUGGUGUCUCGGACCAAGCCGACGCGAUCUGUGUUCUCGCUGCUAGUUGGAAAGAAGCGCAAACGGCGCGAGGUCAAGACGUUUAUUCACUGGAUUGCGCUGCAAUUCAACGAUGUCGAGCGCUGCGCCGGCCUCAUCACGACCAUGUCUGUCGACAUCUGCGGCGAGGUUCAUCUCAACGGCCGCCACCUCGGGUCGGGCUUCUUCACCCGCAACGGCAAGUAA